AUGGAUAAUGAAACAAGUGAAGAUUGUGAAAAAUCCACCUCUUAUAUUAAAUUAACCUCUCAUAGCAAGGUGUGCACAUAUCCAUUCCUCAUCCCUCUUCUAAUUAUCGCUUCGUUGUGUUGUCGCUUUGCUGUUCUUGCCGCCAUUGUUGCUCUUGUCGUCCUUGCCGUCCUUGCCAUCCUUGUUGCUCUUGUCAUCCUUGUUCUUGUCGUCCUUGCCGUCUUUGUUGAUCGUCUCGUUCCACGUGCACACACAUGCUAUGACUCGUUAGAUUCUCACGUUGUAAAGUGA